CUGGCCGCCGAGCCGCGGGUGAGGUGGCGGCAUCGGGCUAGGGGCUGCGGGCAGCGCAGCGGAGCGAGCGGGGCGGCGGGCCGCGGCAGGGCCGCGACGGCGGGUCUCGGGUGCGCUAGCCGCGGCGCGUGGGGUCCGACCGCGAAAGGGCCGGAGCCCUGCUUGGGGCAUUGUUUUAUAAAGGGGAGAUUGCCUUCUAUCUGGACAUGUUACGUGUGAAGCCAUCUUUUAUGUAACAUUGAUCACGCAAUGUGGAGAGCUCCAUCCUGGAAAAUACCUUGUAUGGGUGAUCUUCUAGGACUCAAAAAAGCUUCAUUAUGAAUCAGAUGAGUUAAUGAUUAUCAGCUUGUUUUGAAAAGUAGCACAUGGCUCAAUGGUUCUGGAUCCUUUUUGAUGGCAGAAAGAUGAAAUGAAAUUAGCUACAUUCUACCGAUGUGGGAUUGAUUAAUCCUGGGCAGAAAGAAGAAAUGAUGUAAAUAAUUCACUAUCCAAACUUUAAGGUCAGAAGUGAGAAGGAAGGUCAGGAAGACUAUGGCCUGGCCAAAUAUUUUUCGAAGAGGAACUCUGUUCUCCCGGUUCAGCCAUCAUCAUGUUGUUGUGUUCCUGCUCACCUUCUUCAGUUAUUCGUUGCUCCAUGCAUCAAGGAAAACUUUUAGCAAUGUCAAAGUCAGUAUCUCUAAGCAGUGGACCCCAAGUGCUUUCAACAAGUCAGUUAGACUGCCUGUAGAGAUUUGGAGCAGCAACCAUUUGUUUCCCAGCGCAGAGGAAGCCACUCUUUUCCUCGGGACACUGGAUACUAUUUUCCUCUUCUCUUAUGCUGUGGGCCUUUUCAUCAGUGGAAUUGUUGGAGAUCGGCUUAAUUUACGAUGGGUUCUGUCUUUUGGCAUGUGCUCUUCUGCGCUAGUGGUGUUCGUCUUUGGCACAGUCACAGAAUGGCUGCAUUUCUACAACAAGGGGUUCUACUGCUGUCUGUGGAUUGUAAAUGGCCUGCUGCAGUCCACUGGUUGGCCCUGCGUGGUUGCUGUUAUGGGCAAUUGGUUUGGGAAAGCUGGACGAGGAGUUGUUUUUGGUCUCUGGAGUGCCUGUGCUUCGGUGGGCAAUAUUUUGGGAGCAUGCCUAGCUUCUUCUGUUCUGCAGUACGGGUAUGAGUAUGCCUUUCUGGUGACAGCGGCUGUGCAGUUUGCUGGUGGGAUCGUCAUCUUCUUUGGACUCCUGGUGUCACCAGAAGAAAUUGGUCUCCCAGGUAUCGAGGCAGAAGAAAAUUUCGAAGAAGACUCACACAGGCCAUUGAUUAAUGGCGCUGAAAACGAAGACGAAUAUGAGCCUAAUUAUUCCAUCCAAGAAGGCAGUACUGUUACCCAGGUCAAGGCAAUAAGCUUUUAUCAGGCCUGUUGUCUUCCUGGAGUUAUACCGUACUCACUGGCCUACGCCUGCUUGAAGUUAGUAAAUUACUCCUUCUUCUUCUGGUUGCCCUUUUAUCUGAGUAACAACUUUGGAUGGAAGGAGGCUGAAGCUGACAAGUUGUCCAUUUGGUACGAUGUUGGAGGAAUUAUAGGUGGGACUUUGCAAGGUUUCAUCUCGGACAUAUUACAGAAGAGAGCACCAGUUUUAGCUCUCAGUCUGCUUCUGGCUGUUGGGUCCCUCGUUGGAUAUAGCCGUUCUCCGAACGAUAAGUCCAUUAAUGCACUUCUGAUGGCGGUUACAGGAUUUUUUAUUGGUGGACCUUCUAACAUGAUUAGCUCUGCUAUUUCUGCGGACCUGGGUCGCCAAGAGUUGAUCCAAGGGAGCAGUGAGGCUUUGGCGACCGUCACAGGAAUUGUUGAUGGAACUGGAAGCAUUGGAGCUGCGGUGGGCCAGAUUCUUCCCGUCUGGAAAUAAGCUGACAUCUCAUAAGACAGAUCCUCAGUCCCAGUUUGCUACUCCCUUCUUCGCAGCCUGAACUUGGCACUCCGAGGGGCCGUGAGGCACAUGCUUCUCAUUAUCCCCCACCUGGCAUGCACACCCUGUCUCCUCUCUCAUACCAGACACACAAGUUCUUCUCAUGGAUCUCUACCAGAAAUUGCCACGGAUUCGGCAGCUGCUCGGAGUCACUUUCUCUGCUUCCAAUGACUGUGUCUCAAAGGGAGGUUCAUAAAUGUCUUGUGUCAGAAUCAUCUGGGUUAUUCAUUAAAAUAUGGAACACUGAGCUUACUGCAGGCUUGCUGAAUUAGAACCUGGAGAUCUGUGUUUCAACGAGCCUUCCUGGUGAUUCUUAUCCACUCUAAACUUGAGAUUGCCUAGGCUAAGAUUGGCCUACAGUAAGUAGUCAGAACUACUCAAAGGCUUAAAUUCAGCCUUCUCUUCCUUGGGACAGUUGCGACUCAUGCCUCUCCCAGGGUAUACCUUUCCAGGUCAUUGAGGGCUAAUUUUACAAAAAGAAGGAUCAGGGAAUCAUCUGCGUAGAUAAAAUAGAUGAAACUUUGGAAGUUAAUGAGAUGUUUAAUGGGCAAAGAAAAUACAGGCAAAACCUCAGGGGUCGCCCAGUGGUCAAAGACACAGGAGGUCAGCAGUGCCGUGUAGGCAAGGGGAGGUGCUGGUCAGUGAGAUCAGAGGGGUAGAGGGGCCGGGGAAGGAGAAGGGAAGAAAAAAGUCUCUUAGUUUCGACACUCAGGUCAUUACCGGCCUUGAAUAUUGCUGUUUUGCUUGCUCUGUGGGGAUAGAUCACCAAUGUCUGAUUGCUGGUGGUUAAUGAGAGAGCAAGUAUUGAGGAAAAUAAGCCAUCUUCAUGCUUAUCACUACCCAGCCAUAUGUUAUAUAUUUAUUUGUUAUUGUAUCCCAUGGUAGCCCCAGUACAUAGGACGGUGUCUGGCACACAGUAGAUGUGCUCAUAUCUGUUGAGUGGCUCUAGAAUGAAUGGUUGAUAGGGUUGAUAUAUCAAGCUUAGCGUACUUGAUUAUGAGACUGAAGAGGAAAAAAAAAAAAACCUAGCAAAAGUAGGAGAAAUGUGCUUACUUGAUUGUGUGCUGGAGUAGGAACCAAAAAUGCUGUUGGCUACCAGUUCAGAGGUCUUUAUAUAAAGGGUAAGGGGUGAUUGUAUUGGGCAUCCUUUUCUGAUAUCACUGUAUUCUCAGUAGUCGUUUCUCCCUGAUGUUUUUUUCAUUAAUCAAAUGGGUGGGUUAUAUAAUGAGUAUUUCAAGGAGUUUAGUUGUUGUUGUUGUUUAAGAUUUUUAUUUAUUUGAGAGAGAGAGAGAGCAUGAGAAAGGGGAGGGUCAGAGGGAGAAGCAGACUCCUCGCUGAAUGGGGAGCCUGAUGCAGGACUCCAUCCCAGGACCCUGGGAUCAUGGCCUGAGCUGAAGGCAGACACUCAACCGACUGAGCCACCCAGGCAUCCCUCAAGGAGUUUAUUUGUAUUUGGAAUGUCUCACCUGCCAGUAUUUGGAUCCCUAACUAUGAACUUGGGUCAGCAUUAGGCUCACUUUGGUGGUUGGGGAAAUGGGAUCCGGAGUAAAUCAUUGUUAGCUUUAUUCAUUCCUCUUCAUAUUGAUUUUUGACUAAUUUCCCAUUGCGUGGGGUAUGAGAUUCCAAACUCUAUGACUUAAUAUUGGAAACUUGAUGAGCCUGUCCCGGCUCUCCUGAUUUACCCUGAACAGCUUUUUUCCCCACCUUCCCUUGACUUCACAAGAAAAAUGUUUGUUUCUCUCUUGGUUUCCAUAGCGGUUGAUGCCUACCUCUAAUAGAGUGCUUGUCACGGUGCAUCGCAUUUACUGGUUUAUCUGUGCCAGACUCUGCAUUUCCUUGAGAACAGGAACUGUUUCCUUGAUCUUUGUGGUCCCAAUGGCUUAGUAUGUUUUUGACACAUAGUAGGGGCUCAGUAAGAUUAAAUUGUGGUAUCUAUCCAAGGAAAAUGAGAACAAAUGUUCACAUAAACACUUGAACACAUACAUGUUCAUAGCUGGAUUACUCAUAACAGCUAAAAAGUAGAAAAAACCCAGACGUCCAUCGACUGAGGAAUGGAUAAACAGAAUGUGUGUAUUCAUAUGAUGCAGUCGUAUUUGGCAUUUGAAGAGGAUAUCUGGCACUUAAAAGUGUAUAGAUGUUACGUGGACGCACCUGAAAAAUAGUAUGUAAGUGAAAGAAGCCAGUUACAAAAGACCAUGUACUUAAAUGAUUUCAUUCAUAUGAGAUAUCCAAAAUGGGCAAGUCUAUAGGGAAAGAAAUUAGAUUAGUGGUUGCCUGGGGUCAGGUGGGUCUACAGAGUGACUGUUGAUGGGUAGAACAUUUCUUUUGGUAGGGGGUGAUAGAAAUGGUCUAAAAUUACAUUAUGGUAAUAGUUGCACAAUUCUGUAAAUAUUGAGUUGUAUACUUUAAAUGGGUGAAUUUUAUGUUAUGUAAAUUGUAUGUCAAUAGAACUGUUUAAAAGAAAGAUAAAGUGGCAGAAAGACUUGGGAGCGCUGCUGUGAGCCCUUUAACCGGUGACUAGACCUUUGCUUUUUUGCUUUCCAUUAUGUAAUCUAGGCUACAUCACUCACUCAUUUUGCUUUAAUUUUUUUCCGCUUAUAAGUUUCACUGGUAGUGUGUGAUGGAAGAACAUGGGUAAACUCUCACAUCUGUGGUCAGUUGAUUUUUUCUUUUUAAAGAUUUUAUUUAUUUACUUGACAGAGGGUGAGAGACAGAGCACAGCAGAGGGAGUGGCAGGCAGAGGGAGAGGGAGAAGCAG